AUGGAGCUGAUAGAAACAAAAGGGAUGCUGGGCUCAAGAAAUAACUAUUUAAAUUUAUUAAAGAAUACCACUCUUGACAUCACCAUCACAGGGGUGGCAGGUGUUGGAAAAUCAUCACUAGUCAGUGCCCUGCGAGAAAUGCCAGACUAUGGAGAAGGUGCAGCUAAGGUUGGAAUAGUGGAGACAACACUGGAAACAAAGAGAUAUUCACAUCACACAUUCCCCAAAGUAACAAUAUGGGAUCUUCCAGGAAUUGGGACUCCCCAAUUUGAACCAAAGAAAUAUUUGAAGAAGGUCAAUUUUAAGCAGUACGAUUUCUUCAUCAUUGUUGUCUCAAAUAGCUUCACUAUGAAUGAUGCCCUCCUGGCUCGUGAAAUUCAGAAGAUGAAGAAGAAGUUCUACUACAUGCGUACCAAAGUGGACGUCAGUAUAGAAACUGAAGGAAGGAAACCAGACUUCGUUGAGGAGAGAUGCCUGGAGAAGAUUAGGAUAUACUGCAGUGAUAAUCUGACAAAGGGGAGAGAAUCUGUUCCAAUGGUUUUCCUCAUCUCCAGGUGGGAUUUGCAGAUGUAUGAUUUCCCCCGCCUUCAAGAGACCCUGGAGAAUGACUUGGAUGGCCUCAAGAGAGAUGUUUUAAUUGCAGCUUUGCCAGCUUUCUCCAAAGAAAUCUUGGAGAAGAAAAAGGCUGCUAUGGAGGCCCUGAUAUGGAUAAUAGCCCUUAUGUCUUGUGGCAUUGGGGCUAUUCCUGUCCCUGGCCUCUCUCUUGCCUGUGAUAUCACCAUCUUGGCUGGAACAAUGAGAUAUUUUUAUGAUGUCUUUGGCUUGGAUGCAUAUUUCCUCCAUAGACUCGCGAACCAGGUAGGCAAACCUGUCGUCUUGCGAUCAGCUAUCAAAAAGUCCCCCAUGGCCAGCCAAAUCACCACUGAAUUUGUGAUUGAUCUGUUGACCAAGUCAUUAUUGUGUGGAACAGUGAUGGCGGUUGAAUUGGCUCUUGAUUUUGUACCUGUGUUGGGCUCUCUUACUGGUGGGGCACUUUCUUUUGUAACAACAUUCUACAUAUUAAAGAGCUUUCUGCAUGAUGUUGUGGAAGAUGCUGAGAAUGUCCGGGCCAAAGCUACAGAGUCCUGAGACCAGUAAAGGGUCAAGACACCUUAUGGGGAGAACUG